CUCCCGCCCGGUAGUCGGACGUCUUACGUCAUCAGAACGCGUCGCGUGUACGCGACUCAAGCGACACACGCUUCAAAUGGUUAUUUGGUUGUUUACGUAAAUAUUCUAAAAUGCCGAUGAAAGGAAGGUUCCCGGUCCGAAGGACGCUGGAGUAUCUUCAGAAGGGCGACAUUAUCUUUAAAAACCGAGUGAAAAUCCUGACCGUCAACUACAACACAAGCGGAAUGCUCAGCGACGGAGCAAGGAAAUUUGUUUUCUUCAAUAUUCCUCAAAUUCAGUACCAAAACCCCUGGGUCCAAAUAAUGAUGUUCAAAAACAUGACGCCGUCACCGUUCUUGAAAUUUUACCUGGAUGAUGGUGAGCAAGUUCUGGUGGAUGCUGAAGGAAAGGACCACAAAGAUAUUGCACAUCACAUAAAGAAGAUUCUGGGUAAAUCAGAGACCGUACAAGAGGCAGAGGCACAAGCCAAGAUGCAGGCAUCCAACCCUGCUAACUUUGGGCCAAAGAAGUACUGUCUGAGAGAGUGUAUCUGUGAGGUGGAGGGCCAAGUGCCCUGUCCUGGCACCACGCCGCUGCCUAAAGAGAUGACGGGCAAGUAUCGUGCCAAGAUGAAAGCAGAACAGCAGAGCUGAGAAGAAAAUAAUUGUCAUAAAGAGACUGGCCUUUAGAAUAGGAUCCUCCAAGUAGAGAAUUUGACAUCACAGUUUGGAGUUUGUUGGUGAUAAAGAAUCCAAAAUGGUGGAUUCACAUGUAAACACCUGACAAAUCUUGCUUUCAUACACAAAGUAUGUGUCAUUAAAACAUACUGUAUACCUGUGAAAAA